UGGUGUGAUAUUUUUGCUCUGUUCACAAUUAGCAGCGGGAAGUGUGACGGUGAUUUUUGGAGCGGGGUUGACUUAGAUUCUUUCGUGCAGACCCCACCAAGUGAUUAUGCUUCGCGAGUGAACCUAGAAGGUACAAAUAGUUUUCACAUGAAGCUAAUACGACUUUUCAAAAUUUUCAAAGAAGUAUUCUAUUGAAAUCUGUAAUAGCAAUUGUAUUGAGCGGUUCUACAAAGAUAAGGAAUUCAAUAGCUACGCUUACCCAGCUGUACACAAUGGGAAGCUUGUUGAGUUGGGAGAAUACAGUUCUUUCGUUGCCAUCGGCUGGACUCGCAGCUCAUCGAAGAUCGAUUAUCUCUGCGGAGGAAUGCUGAUCACGCUGGACUACGUUCUAACGGCUGCUCACUGCGCCGCGGACGCCAAUCUAUAUAGACCAGACACGGUUCGACUGGGAGAUGUUGAUUUGUCCAGUCCGGACGGAGACCAUAAUGCUCAACAGAUCGCGAUCAAACGUUUUGUCAGGCAUCCCGAUCAUAGGAUAGCGCGAUCCUAUCAUGAUAUUGCACUAAUCGAACUGGAACGGAGUGCUGAACCUGGACCGUUCGUUUGCUCGGUUUGCCUUUGGACCGAAAUGAGUUUGAAUUUUGACCAAAUGACGGUGAUGGGAUUUGGUGCAACAGAUUUCGGAUCCGACUCAAGUCCGGUACUGCUGAAGGCGGAUCUUUCUUUACUUGAUGAAGCAGAUUGCAGCCAACAGUUCUCGGCUUAUCGUAAGGUAGCGGAAGGCAUAAAAUCAAGUCAAUUUUGUGCGGCUUCACCAAAUAAGGAUGCUUGUUACGGUGAUUCCGGUGGCCCGAUAUUGAUUGAUUUGGUUGAUCCUUCUGAGAAAAAGAAAAUCCCGUUCGUUGCAGGUAUUGUGUCUAUCGGGACAGGAUGCCACGACGGAUCGAUGGGUUUGUACACUAGAGUGGCAUCUUAUAUCGAUUGGAUCGAGGCUGUCACUGGAGUUUCGUUCGAUUAUCAAAAUUGUACUCGACAUACAAAAUGUGCCAGAUACUAUCACAAGGCCACAGGUUCAGUUAUGGCUUCAGAAGUUUAUACUGCCUCUCAUGUCUAUUUGAAGUACAACAGGAAUGGUGAAUCCAACUGUGGAGGGACGCUGAUAGACUACCGGCACGUCAUCACUUCAGCCGACUGUGUGAUGGGACAAAACAAACCAACACACAUACUGCACCAAAGAGAUCGGAUAAACAUUACAAAAAUCACAUUUCACCCCGAAGCUCACAAGGAAGAGCACAAUUUGGCUAUUCUUGAAUUGGACAUGUAUAUGAAUCCCAAUCAAUAUGUAGUUUCUGCCGCCCCUGCGUGUUUACCGAAGGUACCAGCCACUUCGCUUCCGAGACUUUCUGUGUCAGCCAUCGACCCACAUUCCAAGGAUCAACUGGUCAUAUACGCAUUGGUAUCCCAGGACAAAUAUUGCACCGAACAAUUCUUAUUAUUAUUAUUAUUAUUUCAGACUAAGGCCGAAGUGGCCUGUGCGGUAUGUAAGAGUCUUCUCCAUUCGGCUCGGUCCAUGGCAACACGUCGCCAGCCACGCAGUCUACGGAGGGUCCGCAAGUCAUCUUCCACCUGAUCGAUCCACCUUGCCCGCUGCGCACCUCGCCUUCUUGUGCCCGUCGGAUCGUUGUCGAGAACCAUUUUCACCGGGUUAUUGUCCGACAUUCUGGCUACGUGCCCGGCCCACCGCAGUCGUCCGAUUUUCGCGGUGUGAACGAUGGAUGGUUCUCCCAACAGCUGAUGCAACUCGUGGUUCAUUCGCCUCCUCCAUGUACCGUCCGCCAUCUGUACCCCACCAUAGAUGGUACGCAGCACUUUCCUUUCGAAAACUCCGAGUGCGCGUUGGUCCUCCACGAGCAUCGUCCAGGUCUCGUGUCCGUAGAGGACUACCGGUCUAAUGAGCGUUUUGUAGAUGGUCAGUUUGGUACGGCGGCGAACUCUAUUCGAUCGAAGCGUCUUGCGGAGUCCAAAGUACGCACGAUUUCCAGCCACUAUACGCCUCCGAAUUUCUCUGCUGGUAUCAUUUUCGGCAGUCACCAGUGAGCCCAAGUACACAAAUUCUUCUACCACCUCUAUUUCAUCACCACCGAUGCCAACUCGCGGUGGGUGGCUCACAUUGUCUUAUGCAAUUCUUAUGCACGCAUAAUAAGGAACAUCUAGUGCCGGGAAGCUGUGCGGUAAUAAGUCGAACUAAGAUGCCUAGCUUUAAAUAAAUGGUUCUAUUCCAGGUGCAACCCGGAGCGUCAGUUGCGAACGUUCGUUCGCACAGCGCAGAUGUUCAAUACAUAUACGGCGUUAAUACGAAGAGUUCGAGCUGCGCAGGCCGUGAUGUUCAGCUGAACGCAGUUCCAAUUGCUCGGCAUCGCUCCUGGAUCGAGUCAGUAGUUCUGAAUCGCAAAAUACAGGCGAGAAUAGCUGAGGAAACUUUAACGCAACAGGAAUAUUUCAUUAAUAGUCCAUGCCACAUGGAUGGUGAGGAGGACCUGGGACAGUGCGUUCCCGUCGAACAUUGCUUGCGACUCCUAGCAGAACAUCGGAAAGGGUUGGCGAAGAUUAAGCACUGCUUUUUCGAGAAAUUCCAACCAAUUGUUUGCUGUCCGAAUG